GAGCUUCAAAGAAGAGAGCUCGGCUCACACAUGCCGCUGGUGGAUUACUUAUCUGCGUCGAGACUCCGAGUCGUUAAAACGCUAUUUCUUUUUUAUUUCGGUUCACAAAAAGCGUCUCUUCGGAGACGUUUGUGUAGCUGUCCACAGCGGCUGCAUUGCGUUAGCUGGUGUGGCGACAGGAUGUAAAUGAACCCAGACGGGACCAGCCCCAGGAACCUGGAACAGUCAGUCUGUCUGUCACACCCUUGUCUGUGGAGACUGGAGGAAACCCGUGUCGCUCUUUCUCUCUGUGUGGAGCAACAUGUUAUUUUCGUUGCAAAUGUGUGUUAGCCUCGACCUGCCGGCUUGUUGUUGAGUUUUAGAGCACCAGUGUAAGUUAGCUGGGAAGUGUGGACCGCAUAUAAUGUCUGACUCAUCGUCAUCAUUAUGGCUCGGGGAGAGGAGAUAACGCUCAACAGUCUCUGUGCUGCAGUGCAAACCAGGCAGCAUCACAACUGAGCUACACAACUCGGUCACCGACCCAUCCAGCUGUUUUCGUCACGUCAUAAAACCCUGCAGAAAAAAAGUGGCGUCAUGAGUUCCCCCAUGUACACCUUCGUCACCCGUGACGACAACAGCACUGUGUAUGCAGAAGUUUCCAAAAUCCUCCUCUCCACUGGACAGUGGAGGAAGCUGAAAAGGGACAAUCCCAGAUUCAACCUGAUGCUUGGUGAACGGAACAGGCUGCCCUUUGGACGUCUAGGUCAUGAACCAGGGUUGGUGCAGCUGGUGAACUACUACAGAGGAGCAGACAAGCUUUGUAGAAAGGCAUCAUUGGUCAAACUAAUAAAGACCAGACCAGAGCUGUCCGACUCUGCUACCUGGUUUCCAGAAUCAUACAUCAUCUAUCCCACUAACCUCAACACCCCUGUUGCUCCUGCUUCAAAUGGCCUCAGCCAUCUGAAGAAUAAUCCCAAGACAGAUGAGCGGGAGGUUUUCCUGGCCUCGUAUCACUCUAAAAAAGAAAAUGGGGAAGGAAUAGUGUGGAUAGCAAAAUCUUCUGCUGGAGCAAAAGGGGCUGGUAUUUUUAUAUCACAAGAUGCUAAUCAGCUGCUGGAGUACAUUGAUAAUCAGGGACAGGUUCAUGUUAUUCAGAAGUACCUGGAGAAACCUUUACUCCUGGAGCCGGGACAUCGGAAGUUUGACAUCAGGAGCUGGGUGUUGGUGGACCAUCAAUAUAACAUCUACUUGUACCGGGAGGGCGUGCUGCGGACGUCCUCAGAGCCUUACAAAAGCUCUGACCUGCAGGACAUGACCAGCCACCUGACCAACCACUGCAUCCAGAAAGAGCACUCGCAGAACUACGGGCGAUAUGAAGAGGGGAACGAGAUGUUCUUCGAUGAGUUCAGGCUGUACCUGCUGAACACUCACAAUGUCGCCUUGGAGACCACCAUAUUACCUCAGAUCAAGCAUAUCAUAAAGAGCUGUCUGACAUGUAUUGAGCCGGCAAUCAGCACCAAGCAUCUGUCCUACCAAAGCUUUCAGCUGUUUGGAUUUGAUUUCAUGGUGGACGAGAGCUUCAAAGUGUGGCUCAUUGAGAUCAAUGGAGCUCCAGCAUGUGCACAGAAACUUUACUCAGAGCUAUGUCAAGGGAUUGUUGAUGUGGCCAUUUCCAGUGUCUUCGCCCUCAACAACAGCAGUGAGUCCUCAUCUGCUUCCUCGUCUCCUUAUUCCUGCUCCCCGUCCUCCGCGUUCACCACCAACUCCUGCUCCUCUCCCAAACUGAGAGGACCUCUUCAUGUGGGCCCUUUCACUCGACUGUAAGCUCACACUCAAAUAUCCCCCUCAUCUCCUCCACAUCAGAAACUUCCUCACCCCCGACCCCACCUGAGAAGUAGCACACGCCAGUGACCUGAGCCCUUAACUGAAUUUACCAAACACCCAGACAAGACAGGUCAGGAGGUUCUUUUCAUGAAAAUCACUGAGCUGUAAAAAAUUAUCACUGCUCUCCUCAUAAUGCACACCAUGCAUGUGAGGAUGCUGAUGCUUUGUGGAAGUCUCUGAACGAGUUCCUCCACCACCACCAGUUUUUUUUUUCUCCCCCAGCAAGAUUAAUGGAGAUCUGAAGGAUGCAGAGAUGCUGCCAGUCCAGACUGUAGUGCCUUACAUUUCCAACCACACUCCCUUAAAAAGACUGCCGGUUAGCUUGCUCUUUUACCAUGACUCAUACUUCUCAUUCUAUAAGCCUUUGCACUGUUGCAGUCAUUGCGGUCAUGACCCGUCCAUAUGACUUUGUGCAAAACAGAUUCUUUAUUAUUGGAAAUGUUCUUUUCUUGUCAGACGCUUUUCCUUUUUUUUAAAUUAGCUCAACUAGUCUUAAGUAUUUUUUAGAAACCGCUGAUCUGCUAGAACUCCACAAGCAUCUCUACAAAGAAGAAAAAAUAAAAUACCCAUAAGCAGCAGUUCUCUGAGAGAAAAUACCUGGUUAAUGACAUAAGUCAGAGGAGAAUAUCCAGACUGAUUUAAAGUUGAUACAAAGGCAACAAAUAACCACUUGUUUCAACAAAGGUAUGCAGAACACUAUCUCUGAAUGCACAACACGUCAAACCUUGAAGCAGGUGGGUUGCAGCUGCAGACCACACCAGGUACCACACAGCUACUGAGGGUAUAUUAAUUAGCUAAUAUACUUACCUCAACAUCUGAUGACCUAAACAUUUAACACAUACAAUUUGUCCUGAACACUAUAAUUUCUCCAAUCUCAGAAUGUGGACACUAUAUAUUAAAAUAGAGGGCAGGAGUGUGGCAUAGGUGAGCAAGUAGAGUACUUUUUACUCAAACACCCAGGUUUACAUCCACCCCUGGUCUCUGAUCUCCCUGUGGCAGAGAUUGAAUAAGAAAAUUAGUCCUUUAAUGGGCUCAGCAAAGUAUUACCUGACAUUAUUCUCUUCUUAGUGAUUUCAUUGAAGGAUUUAGUUCAGCUGAAGACGCAUUUGAAGAGAGCACGUUUGUGUGAAAGCAUGUCGUAGUAUGUGUCCUCAUGAACAGCACUUUUUUGCUCCGGCUUGUUUAGAGCUGCCCCAGUAUCUCUGUUGUUCUUCUGAUUUAUGAAAUAAUAGGGUGUAGUUGUAAAAGUGUUGUUAAUAAAUGUGUGCUUUACAUUUUUUUUUAACCUUUGAGGUGAAAAUAAAGUAGAUUGUACUCCGUGUGUAGUUGAUUAGAAAUAUUACUGCAAGACCCCAUGAAAUAAAAGUGAUUUAAACACGGUAAACAUUUGUUUGAUGUUAAACCAGGAACCUGCAGCCCUACUUCAUGCUUUACUCUGGCCUGUAAACAAAUGUGUCAUGACCAAAGAAAAGUCCCAGUAUACAGACAGACAUGAGUGCAUUACUUCCUCUGUAGUCACUCUUUAAUACCCCUCACAGUUUUGUUUUUUUCCUGAGUUGAAUAUUAUGUAUUUUUGUUUUAUUUCAUGGGGUCAUCAAAAAUGGUGUGUUUUUAUUUUAAUCAAACCUCUUUUGUGACUAGCUGAGACCUGAGGUGUAACUGUCCUAAACAGCCUGUGUCCAGUGAAUAUUAUAUUUCUCUUUGUUAGAAAGGAGUGUUUUGUUCUUCCUUUAGAUAUAACAUAUAAGGGACACUGUCAUAGAAUUUAUUUAUGUUUUUAAUCACUGUGUAUUUAUGUUUACUACUCUGAAGAAUGAAGAAUGUGUGAGUGGCUGAAGGUCCAGAAAAUAUAAGCAUCCAAAAUUAAUCUAAAAUUCUAAAAUUCCAGCUUUGUUCAUAUAAACAAAAAAGUCUCUUGUAAAAAAGGAAUCUCGGUAAAUAAAAACAGCUGUAGCUGAACUGAUGCUUGUUUGGACAGACAGGUGUAUGUGGUAAGUGUGUAUUGACAAUGUGGUUGUGUUGGUAAAUGAGUUACAAGGGUUUGAUUGCUGGUUUUGGAAAUAACAAAUGUCAGUAUUUUUUAAAUAAAAUUUGUUGGGAAAAGCAUUUCCAUCAAAGGGACUGGGUGCCUUAGAGGGAAGUGUAUAUUGAAAACAAAAAAGCAGUGACCCUUCAGCAUUUAAAUGCACCUUCAUUUGUUUCUUCUGAAGUAAAUGUGAGUUUCUUUGCUUAUUUCCUCACCCCCCCCCCCCUCAUCUUUACCAAAGAUCAAAUCCCGACGUUUUGUAGUUACUUUAAUCUGAACAUUGUCACAUCGACUUGACGCUGGGACGUGAAAGCAAGUAACAUUCAGGGGGUUGUCUGUGCUGUGCUUUUGUCAGGUGAUGUUUUAUUCAAAAUCUUGCAUGAACAUUUGUCUGUAUCAGGAACAAUAAUGCUAGAAUAAAAAAAUAUUACAAUUA